CUUUACAGCAUCCAACAUGAAAGAUGAAAAAGGUCUAACGGACUUGAUCACCCCGGAUACCCGCAUCAAGGUCAGCUCAACGCUCGACAAGUCCGUGGGGAAGAUAUACCUGACCGACGGAAGCCCAGAAACGUGCUGGACCUCCCGAGAGGGUUCGUCGCAAUACAUCCAACUUACUUUCUCGUCGCCCGUCCGCCCCAAACGGAUCGUACUCACCUUUCAAGGAGGCUUCGUUGGAAAGACAUGCAUUAUUGAAGCGCUCCCUAGCACUGGUACAGAAGGAGAUCGAUUGCUGCCAGUCGCGCGGAUUUAUCCUGAAGAUGUCAACCGCGAACAAGCAUUCGAACUACCGGAAAAUAUCGACAUAUCAGGCUCCGGAGUCUCGCAGAUCAAACUGACUUUCGAAGAGAGCUCCGACUUCUUCGGUAGAGUGACUGUUUACAAUUUACGAAUACAAGGCGAUGUCUUGUAGCUCGUUAUCUGCAUAUCAAGCAAACACC